AUGGCCUCCAAAGCCAAAGGAGUUUUCUGGCGAGAUGAAGAGGUGGAGACCCUGCUGGACCUGGUCGCACGCUCCGGUAAAGCGGAGCGUGUGAUGAAGAGCACACAUCUGCCCACCAAGCUGAUUUUUCAUCGACUUUCAAGGCAGAUGUGUGAUCGCGGGUUCAGCAGGAGCCCGGAGCAGUGCCGCUCAAAAUUCAAGAGGGUUAAGGCGGCAUUUUACGGAGCACUGGAGGCAUGGCAGGGCAUCCCUCGCCAAAGUGGGAAGCCCCCUUAUUUUGCCUCGAUGAUGCGCCUCUGGGAUCUCGCCGGGAAACCCAGCUGGCAAGCCAGGCGACAUGCAGCACUCAUGCGUGGCCGAGAGACCGGUGCCCGUGCAGAGGAGGGAGAGCCUGGGCCCUCUCAUGUGCAGCCCGCAGGAUCAGAGGAGCAAGCAGUGGCCGAGGAUACCGUGCAAGACUCGGGGUACUCUCCCUCCGGUGAAACAACAAGCCAACGACAACCCGCUGGGGAGGUUCCGUCCACCAGCAGGCAGGAAACCCCUCCAGCCCGAGCCCCAAGGAAAACAGUGGAUGAUAUUUUGGUGGCAAUGGAGGGGAUGGAAGAGAGACUGGGAUCCUCAAUUACGGAAGCGUACGAUUUUGGAUUGCAGAGGAAUUGGACAGUGGAUGGUAAAUCGGCGUUUAUGGAGCGCUUGUUAGCGGACUUGGCCAAUAGGAAUGCAGGGAUCGUCCGGAGAUACGGAGUUUAUGCUGUCAGACUUAUGUCCAUUAAUUCUUUAUCAAAGGGGCUGGCCAGUUUGUCCAAUGAAGCCUCAUGUGCCUACGUACUGAUAGUGACAGCGGUGUACUGGGUUUCAGAAGCGGUACCACUUGGGGCGGCAGCCCUUGUUCCUGCUUUCCUCUACCCACUGUUUGGAGUCAUGAAGUCCAGUGAGGUGGCUGCAGAAUACAUCAAAAACACCACUUUGCUUCUCAUGGGGGUCAUUUGUGUGGCAGCCUCUGUUGAGAAGUGGAACCUGCACAAACGGAUUGCCUUGCGCAUGGUCAUGAUGGCUGGAGCAAAGCCAGGCAUGCUGCUCCUUUGCUUUAUGUGCUGCACAACUGUCUUGUCCAUGUGGCUUUCCAACACAUCCACCACAGCUAUGGUGAUGCCCAUUGUGGAAGCAGUGCUACAGGAGCUAGUUAAUGUUGAGGAAGACCAUGAAGUGAAUGGCACCGUGGGCAGCACUGUCCAAGAAGACCAAGAAAACACAGGUAUUGAUGAAAAACAUGGCCAAACAUCCUUGGAGCUUAUUUUCAUCAACGAGGAUGCUACAACUGCUGACUUCAGCUCCCUGAUGCAUUCCAAGAACAUGAAUGGUGUACACGUGAUAGCCAACACAAUUGGAACCGUGAACUCCAAAACCAAUGGUCAGCACCUACCUCAGGCUCAGAUCCUUGUUCUUCCACCCAAACCUCAAAAUCUGGAGCUCAGCAGUCCACUCCACUAUCAGUCUCAACACGACCAGAUGGUCUGCAAGUGCCUCUCGCUGAGCAUCUCCUAUGCAGCAACCAUUGGGGGACUCACCACCAUCAUAGGCACCUCCACUAACCUCAUCUUCCUAGAGUAUUUCAACAACCAUUAUCCCAAUGCUGAAGUGGUAAAUUUUGGGACCUGGUUCUUAUUCAGCUUACCCAUCUCUCUCAUCAUGUUGGUGCUGACCUGGGUCUGGAUGCACUGGCUUUUCCUGGGUUGCAAUUUCAAAGAGACGUGUUCCGUGAGCAAGAAGAAGAAGACCAAGCGAGAGGAGAUGUCAGAGAAGAGAAUCCAGGAAGAAUAUGAGAAACUGGGAAGUAUCAGCUAUCCUGAGAUGGUGACUGCAUUCUUCUUCAUCCUGAUGACCUUGCUCUGGUUUACUAGGGAGCCAGGGUUUGUUCCGGGCUGGUCAUCUUUGUUUGAAAAAAAAGGCUACCGGACUGAUGCCACAGUCUCUGUCUUCCUUGGCUUUCUCCUCUUCUUGAUUCCUGCAAAGAAACCUUGCUUUGGGAAGAAAGGGACAGGUAUGAGGAAUUCAACAGAUGUUGCAAAUUCUGAAGAUGAUAACUCAACAGAGCCGAUUAUCACCUGGAAGGACUUCCAGAAAACCAUGCCCUGGGAGAUUGUAGUGCUUGUUGGAGGAGGAUACGCAUUAGCAGCGGGAUGCAAGACAUCUGGCCUUUCUGCAUGGAUCGGACGGCAAAUGUUGUCCCUAAGUAGCCUUCCCUUUUGGGCCGUCUCUCUGCUAGCCUGCAUCCUGGUGUCCAUAGUGACAGAGUUUGUUAGUAACCCAGCAACCAUAACUAUCUUCUUGCCUAUUUUAUGCAGUAUGUCAGAAACCCUGCAAAUCAACCCUCUGUACACCCUGAUCCCAGUUGCAAUGUGUAUCUCUUUUGCGGUGAUGCUACCAGUGGGCAAUCCCCCAAAUGCCAUUGUCUUCAAUUAUGGGCAUUGCCAGAUCAAGGACAUGGUCAAAGCUGGCUUUGGUGUCAAUCUGAUUGGUCUAGUGGUUGUUAUGGUGGCAAUAAAUACUUGGGGAAUUAGCCUCUUUCAACUGAAUACGUUUCCAGACUGGGCAAUAGUCAGCAACGUCACUGGCCCAUCAUAGUCAACUGUGACACUUGCUCAACCACCAGCAAACUAGAGCGACAUAUGUUUAUUUAAAUUGCACAUACCUAAAGAAAGGAAGAAACUUGAGUGUACAUAGUUCCAAUAACCCAAACUA